UCGCUUUUCCUCAGACAUUGCGUCUCCUUCUUCGUCUGAAACCUUCUCUCUCUCUCUCUGAAAGUGUUAUUUUUCUCAAACCCUCAGUCCGAAACCCAGAAAAUGGCUCCUAGAGAAAGACUUGCUGACCCCAACCCGACCCACACUGCCAAAGAGAUCCGGUACAGAGGCGUGCGAAAGAGGCCAUGGGGGCGCUACGCCGCUGAGAUUCGUGAUCCCGGCAAGAAAACCCGCGUUUGGUUGGGCACUUUUGAUACGGCUGAGGAGGCGGCCCGUGCUUACGACGCGGCAGCAAGGGAGUUCCGUGGCGCCAAGGCCAAGACUAAUUUUCCGGCUCCGUCUGAGCUUCCGAACAACUUCAGCCAUAGCCCUAGCCAGAGCAGCACGCUUGAGUCUUCCUCGCCACCGCCAGUCGCUCCUCCGCCGCUAGAACUUUCCCUCGGGACACUUACUUCCGGCGGCGCGUUGGGGUUCCCGAUCAUUCCAGUGGCUCGUCCCGUCAUGUUUUUUGACGCGUUUGCUCGGGCGGACAACAUGGUGGCAGCUACUGGCCGACGGGAGAUUUGCGGGUUCGAUUGUCCAGUGGCCGAGUUCCCCCGCUCCGUCUGCGAUGGCGGUGCCCACAGUGACUCCGAUUCGUCUUCCGUCGUUGAUUAUGAGCGCGCUUCGCCACGAACAGUCCUAGAUCUCGACCUUAACGUUCCUCCUCCGGCGGAGGUUGCCUGAUCUGGCGGCGUUUUGAAGAUCCGACGAUUUUUCAAUAUAUUACUUCUUAAUUUUUUUUCCUAGUAAUUUUGAGAAAAAGGAAAGAAACAAAAAAAAGGUCUUUUGAGGAUGUAGGCAACAUGAAAAGAAAGUAGCUGACAUGCUAGGAUUUGAUGACGGUAAUCCAGACGUUGUGUAAAUAGAUGAUAACAGAAUCCCUUUUUUGCAACUUGUGAGAACUUGUGAAGAGUUUCUCACGGUUGUUUCUACCAUUACUGUUCAUCUUUAUAUGUAUAAUGGGAAUUGAUCCAUCUUUUUCCA